UCUAGAUUUUGAAUAGUAAUACAAAAAAUGUCUUCUUUUUCUAAAACUAACGGAAAACAACCAUCAGAAAUAGGAUGGGCGAAAACAGAUUUUCGAAUUCGAAAUCUGUAUGCCGGAUUGGAAAAAAUAUCGAAUUUAAAGGAUGAUGAAGAACAGUCUAAAAAGCUAGAUGAAAUUGAAAAGAAAUUCAAAGCGUUUUUUAAAGUAACAAAAUCAGAAAAAUAUGAGCGCCUAUUUCACAAAGAUAUUUUGCAAGGAACAAUAACAGACGAACACAUAAGAGAUGAUCCAUUACAAACAGAAAUGUAGGACAAUGAUAUAAAUGGGGAAUCGUUGUUGUUGCGGGCAAUGUCCAUAUCGGUUGAAAAAGAAAGCAAGCAGGAAGAAACACUUACGAAAAUAAAAGAAAUGUUGAUAGAGUCGUGUCCUAAGAUGAUAUUUUUUUCAAAGAAAAAUGAUAAAUGCAAAGGAAUAACACCGCUUCAUGUUGCAAUAUUGAAAGAGGAUACAAAUUUACUUGAAUACAUGGCAACUGUUGCUAGCGACAAAAAGAUAAAACCUGAAACCAUCAAGGAUAUCUGCGCUGAUGGUUUUGAGUUCCAAAACACUGUUAUGAUGGCUGGAACACCAUUGGGAGUUGCCGCGCUUAAGUUCAACAAAAAGCUUUUUGACAUAGUAUUGGAACAAUUUAAAUCAGAACUUGAGGUUACAAACCAUAAAGGGGAUAACAUCGUGCAUUCUUUGAUCAAGUAUGCCAUUGUUCAACCAGGCAAAAUGGAUGAUGUACAGAAAAUGUUACAUUACGUAUUAGACUGUGAAUUCAAUUCACCAGAUUUGCCCUAUAGUGAAAAGAAGAAAUGGAAGAGAAAAGUUCGUAAACUCCUGAUGAUGAAGAACAAAGAAAAACUGAACCCGCUACAAUUAGCUGCUAAAAGGCAACAGUAUGCAAUAUUUGAGCUUAUCAUGCAUCAUGAGGUACAUUGUACCAGAGAAUCAAGUGACGGGAUUUUCAAUGAAGAAGUCUUCGAUAUCACUGAGAUCGAAACACUUGCAAUUGAAAACGAAGUGAAAGGAGACGAACACGAGAUUAUCAAAAAGGAAUAUCACGAAUCGAUACUGGAGUACCUCAUUCAUCAGCAAACAACAAACGCGUUCUUGUUUGCUGAUUUCAUGCCUGUCAGGGAGGUGAUCAAAGAAAAAUGGAAAUACUAUAGUUCCAAAUUCCUUUUUUGGUUUUUAUUUCAUAUUUUCUCUAUGAUCUUCCUUUCAGUGGCAGCCUUGUACAGGUCAAAACUUGUGGCAUCAGAAAAUGGGGAUAUUACUUAUAAAUACCCUGUUAUUAGGAACGCUUUUGUAACAAGUGCGUCAGUAUUUGGCUCUAUAGUCGGUGUGGUUUAUAUUAUUUUAGAAAUCACAAGGCUUUGUCUAGGUCGUUUUCAAUAUAAGACAGCUUCCUCCAGGUUUAAAAGCGUUCGGCGUCAUUUUAGUACACCUUACUCAAACCUUGUAUUUAGAGUAUACUUUGUAUUGUUUUCUCUGUUGCUUAUUUUGGAUUUUGCCUUUGCUUCAGCUGCAGGGCGACAUUCAUUCGAUUAUCAAAAUUACUGCCUUCUUUUUGCAGUAAUUUUAGGAUGGUAUCUCUUUAUGUUUUUCCUGCAAACAUUUAAAACGUUUAGUUUCUUUACUGUUUUGAUACAAAGAGUUGUAUUAGACAUGUUUAAAUUUGCGUUCGUCAUGGGAAUAUUUCUAGUAGCUUUUUCCAUUGCAAUGUACAUGGCAAUGCAAGGCGCCAAUACCGACAAUGAUGAGUUUGAACACUUUGGAAAAACAAUGGUGAAAAUGCUUACUAUAAUGCUUGGUAUUGGAGAAAUAGACAUCCUGUUCCAGGCUCGACAGCCAGUUCUAGCAGUUAUGAUAUUUGUGAUCUUUGUGCUGUUGACAACAAUACUGUUGCUUAAUGCACUUAUCGCAAUGAUGUCAAACUCAUGCACAGAUUUGAUGAGCCAUCAUAGAGGCAUGACUGCUACAAAGAUGCAUUAUCGUCUACAAAAGCUAUCUGUUAUUCUGUUUCUAGAAAGCUUCCUCCCUCGUUGUGCGUGUAAGGAAGUUGGUUUUGUAAAAAGAAAGAACAGAUAUGAAAAUAAUGAAUGGGUUUCAAACACUCAGAGACGAUUAUGGACUCUGAGUUCUGUUCAUGAUCAUGAAGAAGAGGCAGAAAGCUACGAUCCAUCUGACCAAGGUAUAAUGUCCACACUAAUGUCGCAUUUGCAGCCACGUACGAAAUCGAAGAAAAAAAGCAAAACAACUCACACGAAAUAUAAUAAUGUACGCCCAGCUGUAAGCAGCACGACUACCUUAGAAAUGCAGAAUCAAAAACCUGUUCGAAGACUUUUACAUAUUCGAGACAUUGGUCAUAAUCCUUGUGACACGUGUAAAAACGAUAGCAUGGUCUACACCGAGACACAGGAAAUUGCUGAAGUUAUAGAAGUACCAGAAGUAGAAGAAGAUAUCACUCGAUUUGCGACUACGUAUUAA